CCGACGCCGACGACGCGCCGAGACGGUUCUCUGUUGUUGCGUUGUACUCGCGCCGUACACUCUGUUGCUUAGUGUACGGGACGACGACGGCGGCGACGGCCGACGCGAACGGGCACGACGCUUUUUAAUGAUGAUGGUAUAUCAGUUCGUCGUGGUCCGCUACUACGCCGCGACCGUAUCGGCGGUCGCCACCGGGUGAUUGGCCGGACGACGUCGACGAGGACACCUGAGAUAAUAACAAGCUGUACCGGCACACUGUAUACCGGAAGUCCGGGGUCGUCUAGCUACCGUUGCGCCGGAAACGCGAUAUCCACGCGGUCACGACGGCCACCGCCGUCGCCUCCUCACAGUACAGAUGCUCUUGGCGCAUCUAGAUGGGGUCUCAAGAGAGCUUAGCUACAUUUCAAUAACAGUAAUAUCGGCAUUCGGUGCGACCAGCGUGUCCGUUGGGAUGUGACGCCGGGUGGACGAGAGCAUCGUGCGCGUGAUUAGCUGGGUAGCUGGGUGUGCUAUGCUAGCCGCCCGCAACGUUCUGCUCCUGUUGGUGGCCGGUUCCUUUAUCGCCUCGACGGUCCUCGCGCUACCGCAAGACAGAGUCACAGAGAGAAAAUUUGGUGACAAAUGCGAAUCCAACGACGACUGUCAUUUCAACGGGUCAAUAUGUAGAAUUGACCGGAGCAACAAAAAGUGUCUGUGUCAACCCGAAUUUGAGGCCACCAACCACAUAGACAAAUGCGGACACAACGUAGCGAUUAACAAACCAUGUUUUUUCAACGAGCAAUGUGAGAACCUCGUAUUCCAAACAGAGUGCAGAGAUGAUGUUUGCUCUUGCCGGUUCGAGAGGACUCCGGUGUUUCAAACGGAUGGAUCAGUCCAAUGUAUUGCCAAGAACAAUUCCAACUCCGAACCUUAUACUGAUCCAGCAAUGCUGUGCGUGUUGGCUGGGAUGUGUUUAAUGUUCAUAAUUAUAUGCGUAGUACUGAGAUUGUUUAGCAAGGCACGUUGGAGAGAAAACCGUACGAUAUUCAACACGCCCAACCCGAGAUUGAUGAACGUGUCGCUACUGAGAGACAACAAACCACCGCCCGGAGCAGCCGGCGAACGUAGAGGUAGCAAAUCCAGUACAAAGACCCAUUCCCCUUCGAGACAACCAAGCAUGGCCUCGUUGAAGCCCCAUUCGCCUUCUUUAGGUCGCGGAGUUCGGGGCAACAACAACGGCGGAAACGCAGAAACCAUAAGGUCUCCGACGACCAAAAGUCCUGUGGCACUUCCGGCGGAACCAAAACCAUCUGUGGCUGUGGACAUACAGCCCGACGUGUGAAUCUUGACAUCGAACAAUAUAACAAUAUAAUAUGCCUGCGUCGCGUAACGGUGUAUUCAAUGCUUAAAACAGGUGUCAGGACAUCGCAGACAAUGAUUUUAUUUUUAAACAAAGUUAUUCUUCUUCUUUCUACUUUAUCCGCAAAUGGGCUUGAUUGCUUUUGGGACCACGGCUAAUGGUUUAUUAAUUUUUCAAUAAUAUUCGAACAUAAUAAUAAUAAUAAUAUGUAUCUAAACAUAAUAUAAUGUUAUUAUAAUUAUAUUACAUUAUUAUGAUUUUUAAACAUCUCUUUAAAAAAAUAUAUAUAUUUAUAAUAUAUAUCGAUAAAUCGCAAUGACUGCGUGCUAUAUUUUUAAAAUUAUUUUAAUACUUGGAACUCACGAUGCUUAGAAUACGUAGAACGAAGCACUUGGCAAUAUUAGCCGAGAGCUAUAUUCUUCACACAGUAAAAAUAUUUUACAACAUGAAUUUGUAUUACUUAAAUAUUUAAAAUAAUAAAAUAAU